AGAGGCAGUAUACAGUUAUAGGAAACUAUGGGUAAACUUAGCAUAUUAUUUAUUCUUGUUAUCAGUUACCUAUUACUUCACUGGUACAAAGUGAUUAAGCCCAGCUAUGUGUUCAAAGUAAACACUGUCAAAGAAAUUGCACAAAAAGAAUCAGGAUACUCAUAUUCGCACCAUGGUAUUCGUCAAGCAUUUAGAAAACGGUAUCCGGACUAUGUACUACAAGAACAAGAUUUUCCAUUUUUACCUUCACACACAGGGGGCCUAGAUGGAUCUGUGAGUGUUCUGUAUGCGUCCCUGCAUGAGUUUUUGGUACUUUACCAUGCUGAAAUUGAAACUACAGGGUCAACAGGUCGACAUUACAUGAACAUAUCUGUUAGUGUUCUAAAAGGUACAAUCUCUAUAUCUCAAAGUAGCUUUACCCCUCAAGUUUCGUAUUCAAAAGGUGACAACCAUGUGCUAAGGAUGGGUACAACAUCCACAGUCAAAUUAGCUGGUGGGACUACUUUGUUAGUGUAUGGUCGAGGUAUUAUGCCACUGACAGCUGGUUACUGGGUGUCAGAUAGUAUAUUUAGUCACAGUGAUCCUAUACUAGCUGUAACAACUAUAUGGUUAUACCUCAAAGCUGUUCUACUGAGCAAUAUAUGGGUGAAAAAUGCACUUGUUUAUUUGUGGACCAUAUCUUCCCAAGGCAUAGUGAAACUCUGGCAAGAUGUCUUGUACCAUUUAAAUCAUCUGCCACAGUUAUUUAACAAUUUGAAAGAGUACUUGUUUGGGCUGAUAAACCGUGUGUCUGAUUGGCUAACAGAUUAACAAUAUAACUUAAAGCAGCGUUGUAUCUGUAUGCAAUUUUUAUAGCAAGCACCGCGAUUAUUAUUUUUAUCUACAAAUCAAAAUCUACCACAAGCUUUUUCCCCAUGCAUGGUAUAACAAUACAGCUUGUCUCUUUAAAGGAUCAAUGGUUAGGUAGGCAAAUGUUUGGUCAUGCUCUUCUUCAGCUGGGUACGUCAUACACCCUUUAGAAUCCUGUGAACAUUUUAAAACAUUGUUUUAUAAUAUUUUAUGUAUCUUUAUUAGAUAGAUUUAUACCAUUGUCUUGACUUUGUAUGCCUUUGUUAACACAAUCAUCUCUUUUGUUUCACCAUCACGCUGUACCCUAAAUAUAUUAUUUAUAAGUUUUAUAGCGAGCUUGCUGAUAAUAUCUAUAUUGUGUCCCACUGAUUCUUUAUUUUAAAUCGUCUUUUAAGUUGAAUUAAUGCAUGAAAUAUAAACUUACGCUAUCAGA